CGGGAGGAGUGUCCGGGGGGCAGCAACUUAAAAGGGGGAGGGAACUGCGGCUAAAGAGACGUUCGGUGAUGGGAACGCGAUUUGUGAGGGGAUACGGUGCCUCAGGUUUAAAAGAGCAGGAAGCUGAGUGAGAGGUUGGGGAAAAAGUGCCUUCGCUAGGAGAAGGUUACAGGUGGUGUCUCGGAAAGAGCUCCGAGGCUGCAGGCUGUAGUGGAGGAGAGGAUCAGAGAACUAACUGUGUGCAAGGGACAGCUUAGGGGCUAGCGUCCAGGGGCGAGGGGGAAGUUCGAGACUUUCUGAGGACUGGCAGGAAUGUGCCUCCUGGCCCUCGGUGCUUCCCCCCUGGGGGGAGGCAUCGCGAGGGACUGUGGCAGGCUCCUCUGAACGCUGAGCGGCGGAGGUCCAACUCCACGUAUGGAUCCAGUGAAUGAGAAUUCAGCCAGAGAGGCUGCCGCGCUCGUAGACCUCGAUCCCGACUUCGAACCCCAGAGCCGUCCCCGCUCCUGCACCUGGCCCCUUCCCCGACCGGAGCUCGCUCCCGAGCCGUCCGAGCCGGCCGAGGUGGAGUCAGGUCUGGGAGAGAAGGUACACACGGAGGGGCGCUCGGAGGGGCGCUCCCAGCCGACCCUGUUGCCCUCCCGGCUCCCUGACCCGGCAGGGGGCCCCCAGCCUGGGAUCCUGGGGGCCGUAACAGGUCCUCGGAAGGGAGGCUCCCGCCGGAAUGCCUGGGGAAAUCAGUCAUAUGCAGAACUCAUCAGCCAGGCCAUUGAAAGCGCCCCCGAGAAGCGACUGACACUCGCCCAGAUCUAUGAGUGGAUGGUCCGCACAGUGCCCUACUUCAAGGACAAAGGUGACAGCAACAGCUCAGCAGGAUGGAAGGGUAGAAGUACUGUUCUAGGACUCUGCUACCCAAGAAGAUGGAGUGAAGUGGCGAAAGGUAAAAAGAGUGAUAUCCAUGUGAACUCCAUCCGCCACAACCUGUCCCUGCACAGCAAGUUCAUCAAGGUUCACAACGAGGCUACCGGCAAGAGCUCUUGGUGGAUGCUGAAUCCAGAGGGAGGCAAGAGUGGCAAGGCGCCCCGCCGCCGGGCAGCCUCCAUGGAUAGCAGCAGCAAGCUGCUCCGGGGCCGCAGCAAGGCCCCCAAGAAGAAACCAGCUGUGCUGCCAGCUCCGCCCGAAGGUGCCACUCCGAGGAGCCCUGUUGGCCACUUUGCCAAGUGGUCAGGCAGCCCUUGCUCUCGAAACCGCGAGGAAGCUGAUGUGUGGAGCACCUUCCGUCCACGAAGCAGUUCGAAUGCUAGCACUGUCAGCACUCGGCCCUCCCCCAGGAGGCCAGAGCCUGAAGUGCUGGCAGAAGAGGAAAUGCCAGCCUCGGCCAGCAGCUAUGCUGGGGGUGUCCCUCCCACCCUAAAAGAAGAUCUGGAGCUGUUAGAUGGGCUCAAUCUCACAUCUCCCCAUUCCCUGCUGUCUCGGAGCAGCCUCUCUGGCUUCUCUUUGCAGCAUCCUGGGGUUUCAGGCCCUUUACACACCUACAGCACCUCCCUCUUCAGCCCAACAGAGGGGCCCCUGUCAGCAGGAGAAGGGUGCUUCUCAAGCUCCCAGUCCCUGGAGGCCCUGCUCACCUCUGAUACGCCACCACCUCCUGCUGAUGUCCUCAUGACCCAGGUAGAUCCCAUUCUGUCCCAGGCUCCGACACUUCUGUUGCUGGGAGGGAUACCUUCCUCCAGUAAGCUAGGCACAGGGGGUGGCCUGUGUCCUAAGCCCCUAGAGGCUCCAGGCCCCAGUGGUCUGGUUCCCACCCUUCCGAUGAUAGCACCAGCACCGCCUCCAGUCAUGGCGGGUGCUCCCAUCCCCAAGCCCCUGGGGGCUCCUGUGCUCACACCCCCUGCUGAAGCUCCAAGCCAAGACCGAAUGCCUCAGGAUCUCGAUCUUGAUAUGUACAUGGAGAAUCUGGAGUGUGACAUGGAUAACAUCAUCAGUGACCUCAUGGAUGGGGGCGAAGGACUGGACUUCAACUUUGAGCCAGAUCCCUGAGCCAUUGGCUGGCAGCUUUUUUCCCUGCUUCAGAGACGGAGCCAGGCGUGCCCAUAUCCACUCUUUACCCUUGACCCCUCCCUGGGAAUUUGGGACCCUGCUUUAGAGCUAGGGUAGGGUCUGCUCACCUGGGUGUUGAGGAAAUUAUAAAGCCUGGGGUGGGGAGGAAAAGGCGAGGGGGAAAGGGAGAGGGUUUAUUCUCACUGUGCCAAUUAGGGGGUAAGGCCCCCUUCUCAGGAGCCAUCCUUGGGCCCCCCCAUUCCCACCCCAUAGGUUUUGUAGCAGGGGCGGGCAGUACUGUUGGAAAUGUGAAGUCACCAGUGGCCUUACCCCUGCCUUUGGGAGCAGGAUUUUUUUGUAGAGUCUUAUCUGAGCUGGUCCAGGCUGGGUUGAGCCUGGGAUUUUUAUGCAGUGGCCCCUUGGGCCAGUGGUGUGGGAUUGGGGGGGGGGUAAUGGGGAGCUGGAAGGGCCAAGGUCUGAAGCCUGGAGUGGCUCACCAGGCCAAAUCACCCUUGGAAGGCUACAGAUAACAGAAAGGCUUUUUAUAAACUUUUAAAGAAAUAUAAACACAAAUAUAGAGAUUUUUAACAGUGGCAAGGUGCUAGUGAUGGGGAGAAUGCUUUUUUCUUUCUGAAGGCUUUGUCAUAGUGACCUGAUGCAAACACUACAGACAUUACUCCGGGAAACAUGGUGGAAGUAGGGGAGAGAACCCCAGGUCAGCAGAGAGCAGGGGACAAGGGGAAGAGCUCCCAUGAGGACCAGGUGUAAAACACGGCCUACACGGAACUAGCUUGGAGUUUCCCUAAGUCAGGUCCCCUCACUCUGUCACCUUGUGCCUGGGAGUGUGUGGUGUUGGGGCACAGUCACACUCUGGUGUGACCUCCUGUGGGUUCGUGCUAUGGUGGGAGAGUGUGUUGAGGGCCAGGAAUGAGUUUGUGGCCUGGGAAGGGGGUGGGAGGGGGGAGAAGAGAAGGAGGGAAGGAUUUAGGGUGGUAAAGUUAGGCACAGAGACCUCCCUGUUCAAGGCCCCAGACAGCUGUCCCUGCCCUUCUUCCCCUUGCCUGACUGCAGGGGUUAUGUGGAAGUGUGUGCAGUAGCAGGCAGGGGGAGGGGCGGAACAGGGAAAGGGGAGCUGGGGAGCUUGGCUGAGGGUCUGGGAAAUGAGCAGGGAUGGAGGGGAAUGUGGAUCAGGUUUACUAGCACCUGCUAGGAAAGGCCAUCUGGGGCUCCUUCUCCACCCUAGCCCCCAAAGCAGCCCCUCCCCCAGUCCCCUUUGCAUUGUCCCCUCCCCCGCCCCUGCUGUGGGUUCCCAUCAUUUCCUGUGUCAGCGCCUGGCCUACCCAGAUUGUAUCAUGUGCUAGAUUGGAGUGGGGAAGUGUGUCAAAUCAAUAAAUGAAUAAAUUCAAUAAAUGCCUAUAACCA